AUUAUUUGUCGUUUUUUACAGGGUUCUCCACAGUCAUUGUUUUAUAUGGUAAAUACAGUGAUUAUGUAUUGUUCUAAUUAUGCUCAAUUCUAAAAUUAUUUGGAUUUUACAACUACUAAUAUCUACUUGUGAAAGUAGUAAUUUGUAAUUUCAACUUUUUUGUCAUUAUUUUUUUCAAAUUCAUGAACAGCUGGAACAGUAUUUGAAAUUUACUAAUCAAAACGUUUUAGUGUUACAGGAGAUUAUUAGAUGUAACUAGACUUAUCUUCUUAAAUGUGCUGCUUAGGGUGCAACAGAAGGUUUGAGCUUUGAUUGUUUAAAAGUAUUUAGAGCUGUUUUGUUUUUUUCACUAAUUAUAAGACUCCAGAAUUACUGGCUUUAAUUAAUGGCUUUUUUUCUACUGACCUUUGACCUACAGUUGAGAGUGAGUGUAUGUACACAUGCAACUGUUAGCUUUACAGUCUGUUCACGGAAGCAGGUGUAAAGAAUGCAUCUGAAUGCAGAUGAAAGAGUUCUAUUCAAACGUGACACUGUAUUGAGAAAUUUACAUUUCCCGCUACACGUUACUGAUGCGACGCCGCUUAUUUAGAGGAGGUCACGCCGGUCUGGAACUGAAUAAAUCAUUCAGUAUGUGAAGCUGAAUUGAUUGGCGUUAAAAAAGCAUUUUCAAAUUACCAGUCUGGAUGCAGAUUGUUGACUACAGUGACAGUGGCCAUUCAUUUAUCUCCCACACCAUACACAUUUCCAGCCCCUCGCUAUUUUCUGAAAUGAGCGUGAUAGAAAGAUAGUCAUUCAAUUACAGGACGAUCUUCUUAUCGCUGACAGUCAGAGCAGAGGGAAAGCGCUGCACAGACAGAGGAAGAGGAAGAGAGGGAGAGCGAUGGGGGUCGGAGGGCUUAUCUCAGCACACCAGCAGUCUGACGGCAGCCCCUCGCAGGAAUGAGCUCCAGAACAGACACUCCCACAGGGCAUUUUCCUCUCUCCAUCACUCUCCCUUUCACUCUCUCUGCACCUCGUGAGCCUCAGCCUCUGUAAAACACCAAACAGCCUCCAUAAAUAACUCCAACAGCAUCUGAACUGCCCCUACUCAAACAAAAGCAAAUAAAACAGCAGUGUUUGGAGGGAGGAAGACGUGUGUCCAGUCUGAGGCAGUAAAACACAGUGAAUGAAUACGUCAGUAAUGCGACCGUAAUCACAGCGCUCUUUCAGAUGGAAAAAAGCUGUGAGAACAGAGCAUGCUGUUUAAAUCUGAACCUGUUUAACCACUCUCUUCAUUGCAAACAAUGGGUCAAUUCUCUUGUCGCCCUUAUUGCAGUGUCAACAGUGUUUAACAAUGUCAACUAAAUGCUCAAAUAGGAACAGUUGGGGAAGGUUUCUGCAUUUAAUUGGUCUGAACAAACCACUAACCCCUACAGAGAAACAUCUGAGCAGCAGAAGUCUCCGUUUAAUUGCAUCGCUCUCUGGGAGAAACAACAGUGCUGUUUCUUUCCAGUGGGAAACCGCAGCUCAGCUGAUGCUCCAACGUUCAUAGAGCUUCAAGACAACGUAAAGUGAAGUACCACAGUAUCAUGACAAAGAAGGUGUUCACCAACACACGUGAGCGCUGGCGCCAACAUAAUGUCAACACAGCCUUCGCAGAGCUGCGGAAACUCAUCCCCACACACCCGCCCGAGAAAAAACUCAGCAAGAAUGAGAUCCUGCGGCUGGCCAUGCGCUACAUCAACUUCUUGGUGACUCUGCUGGAGAGCCAGGGAGGAGAGCCGUCGGCUCACUCGCAAGCCGCGCUCCUCUCACUGAUCACGGGGAACAUGCAGAAGCUGCGCACCGACCGCACCUGGACCAGCGACACCGACCCGCCCUCACCCGGGUCCAGCUGUGACAGUUCAGAAGCCUGGUAGAACGAAACUGAAGCAUGAGCGUUCUAUGAAAGGAUUGUGAUUGUGAUGUUUUUGAAAGUUCCGUUGCCAUGGAGAGACAAAGCUGGAUUUUUGGAACUCGGAAUGUUCGCUAUGACAUCACAAUCACUCAUUUCUUCCGGGUUUUUUGGAAACGAAUGAUCUUUGGAAACCCAAAAACACUUUAUUCAGCAGUACUGCUGUAAUUGAGCAGGAACCCUGAACAAAAUAUGCAUGGUCAAGGAUGCACUUGGGAAGCAUCUCCCUGAUAAUUUUAGUAUUAAUGUCAUUUCAUUUCCUUGAAUGAAUUAACACUCAAGGAUGUUUUGUUUGAGAUUAAAGGCAGCCUCAGAACUGAAACUAAUUUAUUUGAUUGUAUAAAAUUUUUUAUUUAUUAUUUAUGCUUUCAGUGGAUGCAGCACAUGUGACUAGUUGUACAUUAAAUUGUAAUUUAUUAAAUGGAAAAAUGUUAUUGUUUAAACUACUUUGGAUUCACAAAUACAAAAUAUGUUUUCCCAAAGUGUUUUGGUGUUUUUGCACAAUUUGUUUUUGUGUAUUCAUUAUUCAAAAGUGUAAACUGUUUUUUUCUCAACAGUCAAAUUGAUUGGAAAUUAUUUAUUGGAUUAAUUUAUUAGUCUGUUUGAUAUUAAAAUGCCUAAAAAACUCAAUCUGCAUAUUCAUUAAACUCUUUGUUUGGUUGGUUAAAGUGGCUUUUGUUGUAACUGGUUUGUAUGAACCAGUGUGCAUGUAAUGGUCAGCUCUGAAGACUCUGAUUGGCUUUUAUGUUGUGGUCAGAUAAUUGUUCACUGCAGAGGCUGUUUAAGUGACCAUAGUGAUGACCUCUGGAAGUGUCCAAGCCACACGAGGGAUUGGAUUGUAGACUCAGCUUAACUUUUGGUCUGAGGCCAGAGGUCAUCUUGGAGUCAAAAGCCACACUUGUCAGUGACCAAUCAGAUGCACAAAAGUGGGAGUGUGUGCGAUUGUGCUACAUUCAAACAUCAGUGCACAAAAUGUAUCUAUUAAAUUUUAAUAGCAGUUUUUUUUAGGUUUUAAUUAACAUUUACACACACACACACACACACACACACACACACACACAUAUAUAUAUAUAUUUAGUGCUGUUAAAUGAUUAAUC